UCUUAACUGCAAGGUUGAGUGGCUAGCUAGGUUAGAAUAUUACGGAUAUUUUUGUUUGCCUAAACCAAAUCAGUUUUGAGUUAUGUCGGGAAAGUCCAUCAAGAAGUUACUAUGCUUUGAAUCACGUCGGAAUCAAGUGGCUAGUGAGUCGGUGCAUGGUAAGAACUUGGCCGCGAAAUGGAUUACUUCAUGUGAUGCAUGUGUAGAGGAAAAUAAAGACUGUAACUGUCAUCGACUAGGAGAUGUAAAAAGCCCAGUUGAUGGCGUCCAGGCUGAGGGUAAUGAUUCUUUUGCUCAUGCAGUCAUCAACAUGAUCGGAAUGCUAAUAGGUCUUGGGCAGUUAUCAACGCCAUACGCAUUAGAAAAUGGGGGGUGGAGUUCUGCAGUGUUGCUUAUUGGGCUAGGGAUAAUCUGUGCAUAUAGUUCUCAUCUGCUUGGAAAAUGUCUUGACAAGAAUCCCAAGUCAAGAAGCUAUGCUGAUAUUGGACAAGAAUCAUUUGGAAGCAAAGGAAGAGUUUUAGUUUUAACCUUCAUCUACAUGGAGAUUUUCAUGGCCCUCGUCUCCUACACUAUCUCUCUCCAUGAUAACAUUACCAUUGUAUUUUCAGGGGCUAGACUCAGUUUACCAUGCCUUAAAUUAUCUACUUCCCAGUUGCUGACGAUAAUGGCUGUGCUUGUAGCACUUCCCAGCUUGUGGAUUAGAAAUCUCUCGUCUAUCUCUUUCCUUUCAACCGGCGGCAUCCUAAUGUCUCUUGUUAUUUUCAUUUCUGUGGCUUGCACUCCUGUCUUUGAAGGUAUCAAAGCUAAUCAUAGUAUACCAGUGCUUCGCCUCCGCAAGAUUCCUGCCAUUUCUGGCCUCUAUAUCUUCAGUUACGCCGGCCAUAUUGUUUUCCCCAACUUGUAUAAAUCCAUGAAAGAUCCAUCCAAGUUUACCAAGGCAUCUAUCGUGAGCUUUGCCUCAGUAACCACACUUUAUACAGCUCUAGCAUUUAUGGGUGCAAAAUUGUUUGGCCCAGAAGUUAGUUCUCAGAUAACACUCAGCAUGCCUCCACAUCUUAUUGUCACAAAGAUUGCUCUAUGGGCUACAAUCUUAACACCCAUGACAAAGUAUGCCCUAGAAUUUGCACCAUUUGCAAUCCAGCUUGAGCACAGCCUUCCCAAUUCGAUGAGUCCAAGGAUGAAGAUGAUCAUACGAGGAGUUGUGGGUUCAAUUGUGUUACUUCUCAUACUAGCCCUUGCACUGUGUGUGCCAUAUUUCGAGCAUGUUCUUGGACUUACUGGGUCACUAGUCAGUAUCAGCAUUUGCAUAGUCUUCCCUUGUGCGUUUUACACCAAGAUUUGCUGGCCUCACAUAUCUAAACGUCUCUUAAUCCUUAAUAUUACACUUAUUGCAUUUGGAUUUCUUCUUGGAACAGUUGGCACCAUAUCCUCUUCAAAGUUGCUCAUAGCAACUCUAAUCAGAGCUCACUCAACCUGAAGAUGAAGCCAAGUUGUAUUAGUGAUUGUAAUUUUAUAGAUUUUUACCUUCCCCAUUUCAUCUUAUACCAUAUGUAAUGCACAAAUAAAUUUUAGCAAGGCGUGUAUGAUAAGGAGUGGGUGCUCAUGUUCGAAGCUUACUUUGAAAAUGAUGAAUGUUCAUAACUUACCCUAAAUUAAAUC